GUCGUGGUUGAGCGCCUCACCAAGAAUGUCAAGGAAGACCAUCUGCGCGAGAUUUUCGGCCAGUACGGCGAAAUUGAGGAUUUGGACCUGCCCAUGAUUGGAACCAACCGUGGCACCGCCUACAUCCUCUUUGUCCACGAGGCCGGUGCCGAGGCUGCCAUUGCCAGUAUGCACGAAGCUCAACUCGACGGCGCCGCAAUCAACGUUUCCAUC